GAUUGAACGCUUGGAGUUUCUUCAGAUCCUCUGAUUCCUGUUGCAAGAUGGAAUCUAAAGAUCGGAGAGGAUGAUCUCAGAAAUUUUUAUCAUCUGUUUUGAUCCAAAUCUGACCAUUUCCAGCUUUUUUGAUUGGAAUUUUCUUUGGCUUGCUUUAUAAACGGAACUGUUGAGUUCGGGAUUCGUUUUCAGUGGAAGUUGGAAGCUUGGGGCAUUUUCAAUACAGAUUCUUGAAUGAAUAGUAUCAUUCCAAUAGAAGCCGCAAGUUUUCUAUUUACGUAUAAAGUGCAUAGUUCUGUGAAUGGUUGAGGUGCUGUAUACAUUGAAUUGUAUGACAUCGGCAAAAAAAAAAACGCUCUAUGAAAAAGGGUAUAUGAUGGGGUCAAAGAUGAAGUCAGCUGACAAUCGAACUCGAAGCUCAUUGCGAAUUAUUGUUGUUGUCGGUCUCUGUUGUUUCUUCUAUCUGUUAGGUGCCUGGCAGAGGAGUGGUUUUGGAAAGGGUGAUAGCAUAGCCCUGAAAAUUACCGGGGACUCAGCAUGCACUAUCUUGCCAACUUUGAACUUUGAAACUCAUCAUAACUUUGGGGGUGACAUUAUCCCUUCUGAAUCAAAGGUUAAAAUGUUUAAACCAUGUGAUGCACGCUACACGGAUUAUACACCAUGCCACGAUCAAAAUCGAGCAAUGACAUUUCCUAGAGAAAAUAUGAUCUAUAGAGAGAGGCAUUGCCCUCCUGAAAAAGAGAAGUUGCAUUGUCUUAUUCCAGCACCUAAAGGGUAUGUGACACCAUUCCCCUGGCCGAAGAGCCGUGACUAUGUACCAUUUGCAAAUGUUCCAUACAAGAGCUUGACCAUUGAAAAGGCUGUACAGAAUUGGGUUCAACUUGAGGGUGACGUGCUUAAGUUUCCUGGAGGAGGAACUAUGUUUCCUCAAGGAGCAGAUGCAUAUAUAGAUGAACUUGCAUCGGUCAUUCCAAUUGCUGAUGGAACUGUUAGAACUGCACUUGAUACUGGAUGUGGGGUUGCAAGCUGGGGUGCUUAUAUGUUAAAAAGAAAUGUACUAACUAUGUCCUUUGCACCAAGAGACGGCCAUGAAGCUCAAGUGCAGUUUGCUUUAGAACGAGGUAUCCCUGCAGUUGUUGGAGUGCUUGGGACGAUAAAGCUUCCGUACCCUUCUAGAUCCUUUGAUAUGGCUCAGUGUUCUCGCUGUCUAAUCCAAUGGACAUCAAAUGAAGGAUUAUAUAUGAUGGAAGUAGAUCGAGUCCUCAGACCAGGUGGUUACUGGGUUCUGUCUGGUCCUCCAAUUAAUUGGAGGACAUACUAUAAGACAUGGAAGAGAACAAAGAGCGAACUUCAGAAGGAACAGGAAAGAAUUGAAGAAUUAGCUGAACUUCUUUGCUGGGAAAAGAAAUAUGAGAAAGGGGACAUCGCUAUAUGGAGAAAGAAAUUAAAUGCCAAUUCAUGUAGAAGAAGAGAUACUUCUUCAGUUAAGAUGUGCAAAUCUGCAAACAGUGAUGAUGUCUGGUACAAGAAGAUGCAGGCAUGCAUAACCCCAUUCCCUGUGGUUGGUGGACAAUUAAAAAAGUUUCCAGAUAGACUAUUUGCUGUCCCCCCCAGGGUAUCUGGUGGAUUUAUACCUGGUGUGUCGAAAGAAUCAUUUGAAGAGGACAACAAACUUUGGAAGAAGCGUGUCAAUGCAUAUAAGAAAAUGAAUAAGCUGAUAGGCUCAGGGAGGUACAGAAACAUGAUGGACAUGAAUGCAGGCUUUGGAGGUUUUGCAGCAGCACUUGAAUCUCCCAAAGCGUGGGUGAUGAAUGUUGUUCCGACCAUUUCCAACAAAAAUACUUUAGGUGCCAUUUAUGAACGAGGUCUAAUUGGCAUAUACCAUGACUGGUGUGAAGCCUUCUCGACGUACCCUAGAUCCUAUGAUUUGAUACAUGCAAGCGGCGUCUUCAGCUUGUAUCAGCACAAGUGUGAUAUAGAAGACAUACUUCUGGAGAUGGACAGAAUUUUACGUCCUGAAGGAACAGUGAUAAUUCGCGACCAAGUUGAUGUUGUGACCAAGGUAAAAAAAUUAGCCAGUGGGAUGAGGUGGAACACAAAGAUGCAGGAUCAUGAAGACGGUCCUUUUGUUACCGAGAAAAUAUUGGUUGCUGCUAAACGAUAUUGGGUUGGUAGUGGAAGUAACUACACAAGUAGUUAACAGAUUCUAUAUCUACGAGUAAAUUAUGACGAAUGACGGAAAAUUGAGUAUCUUUUGUGACAGUUUCCAGGGGAAUUACAUGAAACUGGUCAGAAUACAGCAAGGCGAGCUGUCCAGGAUCCAGCCUAUAAAUUAUCAAAUUAUGUAUGGAUUGUCACUUAGCAUUGUCUGCCUUGAACUUUGUAAGUGUAAAUUGUGACAUAGAACCAUUCAGAAUACUUCUACCCUUGUAUUAGAGGUAAUUAUUCAUUUGUUACUUUGUAGUUUGUGCUUA